CUUUCCUGGGGAAAUGGCGGAGGUCGCCCACAAGCUGAGCAAAGGAGUUUACCGGUUGUCCAGCUUCAGUAGAGAGGAUUUCAACAAUUAUUUACCUGCACCCAGGAGGUAUUCUGGGAGUCGAGGACCUGUUUUCUCUCACCUGAACCCCAUCUUCAGGUCAACUCAGCAGCUACGAGCUUUCUGCAUCUUCAUCCAUAAACCAGAGAGACGACGAUGUUUCUCCAGGAGCUACAGUUGGACGAAAGACUCAAAAGACGACCCUUUGUACAGAAACAGGACAGCCUAUUACGACAUCCUCAAAGUGUCCCCCAAUGCCACGCAGUCCCAAAUCAAGACUGCCUACUACAAGCAGUCGUUCGUCUUUCAUCCAGACAAAAACCCAGAGAACGCAGAGUCCGCUUUGCGCUUCUCUGAGAUCAGCGAGGCCUACACAGUGCUGGGCAACAAAAGUCUGAGGAGGAAGUACGACCGGGGCAUCCUGACCAUAACAGAUGUCCACGCCGUGGAAAGACCCCCCUCCAAAGAGCCCCCAAGCGGAUCCUCAGGAUCGGCACAGCAGCAGCAAACCACCUCAAGACGUUUCUCCCAAACAGGCGGGAGGCCCAUAUAUGACUUUGACGCCUUCUUCCAGGCCCACUAUGGCGAGCAGCUGCAAAGGGAGCGAGAAAUGCGAGCCAGAAGGCAGCGCGACGCAGAGGCCCACCAGAAGAUGAAGCGCAGGCGGAUCCAGACGAAGAAGAUUGAGGCCACGGUGGCCUUGUUGCUGCUGACGGCGAGCAUCAUUUUGAUGAGCGUCAAGUUCUGAAAGACAAACGGCAUCGGGCGGGAUCACCUGCCUCAUUGGGUGGCAAUGGCAUGUUCGGACACGACAAGAACGUUUUUUCCUCAAUGCUGAUACUUGAUCAUGCCUCGCAAUUAUAUUGAAGAUGUCAAAUAUAAAUGCAAGAAUUUUAACUGGAGUUAAUUCUAAAUUAUUGAUCAAAUAUAUUAACAUCAAAUCUGAAUUAAA